GAGAAGAUGUUCUUGCGGGGAAGAAGCGAGAGGGAGCAGCAGGAGGAGGAGGAGGAGCGGGCCGGGGGUUCCUUCCUUCUUCCGUCUCGGGAGAGCAAGAGAAGAGGCGCAGAGAGAGAGAGCGCGAGAGAAGUAGCGUCCGGGCUCGAGGAUGAUGACUUGAUCCCGAGCGGAGCAGAUCACAUCGCGAGGCACGCGCGGGGGUCGUCGGCAUCGUGCACACGUCUGCGGGCACUCAGUCGGGCUGCCACGGACGGGGCGCUCGAUUCGUCGUAGUCGGAGGGGGUGGGGUGGGGGAGCGUGGUAGAUCUGCUCGCAGUGUGCGGCAGGCAGAUCUGUUCAAGAGAGAGUCUUUACAAAGGAGGCUCGGAGCAGGGGGUUUGGUUUGCUGCGAGGAUCUGGAUGGCCUGCUUUUCGUCUAGAAGUCGGUCAUCCGCAUCCGCAUCCGCUGCGUUCUUUUCAUGGGAACUUCGCGCGGAGAGCUCCAUCCUGGUGUAAUAUGCGCUAGUUUUCAACACGACGACUUGAUCGAUGACGGUGGCUGGUCGAUUCUUCAUCGAGUGAGCGAGAGCGAGACGCAGCAAAGAAGACCCCGGCAGCGCUGCAGUCGCGGACUACAGGAAUAUAGGAAGUGAAUAAUUCUAGUCAGCUGAAAAACCUCUUGAGGCUAGGAGUAGUUGAAUGGCGUCAGCAGGAAUGGGGACUCCGACAGCUACAGUAUCGCCCCUUGCGAAGUAUAAGCUCGUGUUUCUGGGUGAUCAGUCUGUAGGAAAGACCAGCAUCAUCACCCGCUUCAUGUAUGACAAGUUUGACAACACCUAUCAGGCCACCAUUGGUAUCGAUUUUUUAUCCAAAACAAUGUACUUGGAAGAUCGAACUGUUCGCCUCCAGCUUUGGGACACCGCUGGACAGGAGCGAUUCAGAAGUCUCAUUCCCAGCUACAUCAGGGAUUCAUCUGUGGCUGUAGUUGUUUACGACGUUGCAAAUCGACAGUCUUUCCUGAAUACAGCAAGAUGGGUAGAGGAGGUGCGCACUGAGCGAGGUAGUGAUGUUAUCAUUAUGCUGGUUGGAAACAAAACGGAUUUGGUUGAUAAGAGGCAAGUUUCCAUCGAGGAGGGUGACGCCAAAGCGAGAGAAUUCGGCGUUAUGUUCAUCGAGACAAGUGCAAAAGCGGGAUUCAAUAUCAAGGCUCUCUUCCGAAAAAUAGCAGCUGCUUUGCCUGGGAUGGAGGCUCUAUCUUCUGCGAAACAGGAGGAUCUAGUUGACGUCAACCUAAAGCCAACUCCAAAUGCUACACAGGAACAGAACAAAGCGGGGGGCUGCGCCUGCUAAUUUAUAGGACAAAGGGUAAACUAUGUUUGGUUUCAUAGAAGUAGCUGUCUUCCAUUUAGGCUGAAUUCUUGUCUUGUCCUGUUGGUCGAGAUAGAUAUACAGGUUACAAAAAAGUGGGGUUCAAGAGCACCAUCUUUCUUCGGCAUCCAGGUUGCACGUUAAGAAGUCAAUCUGGUAUUGCCCUAUGAAGGAAGGCGUGUUGUUUAUCCUGCGCGGGCAGUAUGCAGAAAUGCUUUUUAGGUGGUUUUACAUUGAUGACGGUCUCACACCGGGCUUCUGUUCUCCUUUUUCAGUGCUUGUGUUCUGUGCAGUGGGCUUGACUGUACACAGCAACAUGUGCAUUUGCUCUGGGUCAUCUCGAUGUCUAGUCAUCUGUAUAUCAUAUUGUAAUGUGAUAGAGGUUUGUCACACCAUUGAUAGCC